UAAGUUGUAACUUUGAAUCAAGUUGCAAAACUUAAAGAACGUGAUACUUGCGGGGAUAUUGGAAACAAAACCUUACAGGACCGAACCCAGUUUGAGUUACUACUUCGUAUGCUUAUCGACAUCAAAGUCCACACCUCCUUCUGCUCUCAAAUUGUGCUUUUUUGUUCAUAACUACAACCGCCUAAGCUCUGCUCGCAUUGAAAUCUGGGAGAGAGAGAUGAGCACGGUCCCAAAAGAAACGAUCGAAGUGAUAGCACAGAGCAUUGGCAUCACGAAUCUGUCCCCUGAUGUUGCCUUCGCUCUCGCCCCCGAUCUCGAGUAUCGAAUUCGCGAAAUCAUGCAGGAGUCCAUAAAAUGCAUGCGUCACUCAAAGAGAACUAUUCUUACAGCAGAUGAUGUUGAUAGUGCACUUGCAUUGAGAAAUUUAGAGCCAAUAUAUGGUUUCACCUCUAACGACCCUUUGCGGUUCAAAAGAGCUGCUGGACACAAGGAUUUGUUCUACAUUGAUGACAAAGAUGUGGAAUUUAAAGAUCUGAUUGAAGCACCGUUACCAAAAGCUCCGCUUGAUACAUCAAUUACCAGUCAUUGGCUGGCUAUUGAAGGUGUACAACCUGCAAUUCCUGAGAAUGCUCCAGUUGAAGCUCCCACAGAAAUAAGAAAAUCGUCUGAGUAUAAGGAAGAUGGGAUUCCAGUUGACAUUAAAUUACCUGUUAAACACGUAAUAACAAAGGAGCUUCAGCUUUACUUUGACAAAAUAACUGAGCUAGUUCUAAAUAAGCCUGCUUCUAUUCCCUUUAGAAGGGCACUAAUUAGUUUGGCAACAGACAUGGGACUCCAUCCUUUGGUUCCUUAUUUCUCACGCUUUGUAGCUGAUGAGGUGGCACAAAACUUGCAUAAUUUAACACUUUUAUUUGCCUUGAUGCGUCUUGUCCGGAGCAUUCUACAAAAUCCUCACAUACAUAUAGAGCUUUAUUUACAUCAAUUGAUGCCACCUAUCAUUACCUGUGUUGUUGCAAAAAGGAUUGGAAACAGACUAUCUGAUAAUCACUGGGAGCUUAGGAACUUCAGUGUUAAUCUUGUUGCUUCAAUAUGCAAAAGAUUUGGGAAUGUUUAUCAUAAUCUUCAGCCACGAGUGACAAAGACUUUUCUUCAUGCAUUUUUGGACCCAACUAAAGCUCUACCUCAGCACUAUGGUGCAAUUAAAGGAAUAGCAGCUCUUGGAUCAAGACUGGUUCGCUUGUUUAUACUUCCAAACCUUGAGCCAUAUUUGCUUCUCCUCGAGCCGGAAAUGCAACCAGAGAAACAGAGAAAUGAAACAAAGAGGCAGGAAGCAUGGCAAGUAUAUGGGGCCUUGUUGUGUGCUGUUGGACAAUGUAUGCAUGAAAGGGCCAAAAUCUUCAGCAAUUUGCUCUCUCCUCCAACACGUGCUUCUUCUAGACCCAAUGGAAAAGCCAUGAUUGCUAUGUCAAGGCUGAUAGUGGAAAAUAUUUUCUUCUUGAUAGAAGAUAAUGAACAAAUGUAUUGUAGGUAAAAAGAAAAUGCGACAGGUCUUACUAGCAAUCAGCUAGUUAAUACCCCAUGAUUCGAAAUAGAUUAUGUGAAAUAAGUAUGAAGUGUGAACUAAUAAAAAUAGUAUGAACAAAUAUGUUUUCAUUAUGUAGGUUAGUAAUAUACAUUUUUGAUAAAAGUACGAAACACACGAAGCUUGUGUGAAAAUACACAAAUCUCAUCCAUGAAAUUUAAUCCUCUAUUUUAUCCACAUUCCAAACACACCAACAAACAAGAAAACCUUGUCUCAGAAGGUGGGUUUGGCUACAUACAUACCCAAUACCAUUAGUGUUAAUUUUCACGGGUUUAGAGCAACAAUAAGAAGUCAAAAUUAUCUAUAAUGUAAGACUAUUUUUGGAAAAGCGUAGUACACAACCUUAGAUUGAAAUCCUUAAUAUUGUAAGAUGUGUUAUUCUACCGUUGGACUUUCACUGAUAGCUCAUGCAUUCAAUUAAGUGAUAUCUGAGUCUUGUUGCAUGUCUUGAAUCUUCACGUGUUAAAUUCCCUUAUGUCCAAACUUUUCAUUGCCAAAAUAGGAGAUAUACAAGUUAAUUGCAGUUUGCAUUAGAAGCAUGAAUUUCCAACUUUGUGCUCUUGUAUGACUAGAAAGGUCUCCAUAGAAAAAAGUUGACUUUUUGGCACCCAUGUUUUCUUCAACUACAUAUUUACAAUGUAACCAUUACUGUGAUAGUUAUGCUCUAUAUUUUGACCUUUCAAUU